AUGUUUCAAUGCAUGAGGGUUGUCAGACAGCUAGUAUCAAGGCAGCAAGAUUGUUUGGCAUCAUGUCCUCAGCUGGGUCUGGGCAUACCGAAAUGUCGGCCUCGAACAAGCUGCCAACAAGUCCGCCCCUACACGAGGACUCCACAUCGACAAGCCGAAGUCUUUCCCUCCCAGAUUCAAGACCCCUCUGCUGCAGCCGUCCUGUCAUCCCUCCAGACAAAAUCUCAUGUCCCUCAAACAUUGACCGAAAAAAUCAUUCAACGCUAUGCUGUUGGACUGCCAGAAGAAGGCAAGGCUGUCAAAGCAGGCGAUUAUGUCAGUAUCCAACCUCAUCAUUGCAUGACGCACGACAACAGCUGGCCUGUCGCCACCAAGUUUAUGUCGAUCGGGGCGUCAAAACUGCAUAAUCCUCGUCAAAUUGUCAUGACAUUGGACCAUGACGUGCAGAACAAGAGCGAAACAAAUCUCAAGAAAUAUCGGCUCAUUGAGGAGUUUGCAAAGAAGCAAGGCGCAGACUUCUAUCCCGCGGGAAGGGGAAUAGGCCACCAGAUCAUGGUAGAAGAGGGUUACGCCUGGCCAGGCACUCUGGUCGUCGCGUCCGACAGGUGGCAAAUUCCGCCCAUAGCGAAGAUUACAUUUACAGGUGCCCUGCCACAAGGCGUAACAGCGAAGGACGUCAUCAUCGCCUUAUGCGGGACGUUCAAUAAAGACGAGGUGCUCAAUCAUGCCAUUGAAUUUGUAGGUGAAGAGGAGACUAUGCGCAGUCUAUCCGUUGACGCGCGCCUUACCAUCGCGAAUAUGACGACUGAGCAUGGAGCGUUAUCAGGACUGUUUCAAAUGGAUACCACACUGGAGAAGUGGUUGAGAUCUAAAGCUACCGAGGCCUCACUGUAUGACAGUGCAAGCCUGAGUGAUGCUCUAACUCCCAAACGAUUCACCCAUUCACGCCUAGACGAGCUUUUCAGGAGCCCCAUAUCGGCGGAUAAAGGAGCUAAGUAUGCCAAGUACCUGCAUCUCAAUCUCUCGACAUUAGCUCCUUAUAUUUCUGGGCCAAAUUCCGUCAAAAUUGCUACGCCUUUGGAGGAGCUCGAAGCAGAGAAAAUCAAGAUAGAUAAGGCGUACCUUGUCUCUUGUACUAACUCACGAGCUUCAGACCUUGCAGCAGCGGCGAGAGUUUUCAAAGAUGCCGUCAAAGCUAAUGGUGGCAAAGGUGUGGCCAUACCAGAUCAUGUAAAGUUUUUUAUCGCUGCUGCAUCGAUGCCCGAGCAGCUUGCCGCAGAGGAAGCCGGAGACUGGCAAGCGAUGCUUGAUGCUGGAGCCACAGCUUUACCAGCUGGCUGCGGUCCGUGCAUCGGUCUUGGAGCUGGUCUUCUUGAACCCGGUGAAGUUGGUCGAAUGGGUUCAACAGACGCAAAGGCAUACCUUGGCAGUCCUGAAGUGGUUGCUGCUAGUGCUCUGCAAGGCAAACUCAUGGGACCAGGUUGGUAUCGGAAACCCGAGAAUUGGGCUGGCGUUGUUAUGGGCGAAGGGGAUGGGAUUCGUGAAGCAGAUAGAAUGAUCACCGCUGAAGAGAGCCUGGAGAAGAUCAUUGGGCAGCUGGAUAAUGCAAUCGAGGAGGCCGAGACUAAUUUCGGCGGUGCGGAUAGUAUCUCAGCAGGCUCCGAGGAGGCGUUUACUGAGAUUCUUCCUGGUUUCCCAGAAACAGUAGAGGGCGAGAUCGUCUUCUGUGAUGCAGACAACAUCAAUACAGAUGCUAUUUAUCCUGGCAAGUACACUUAUCAAGACGAUAUUACGCCCAAGAAGAUGGCAGAGGUUUGCAUGGAGAAUUACGAUCCUACCUUUGGGGCUAUUACAAAAGCUGGUGACAUUUUAGUUUCUGGCUUCAAUUUUGGCACAGGUUCUUCUCGUGAACAGGCCGCUUCCUCCUUGGUCGCUAAACAAAUUCCUUUGGUGGUGGCUGGGAGUUUUGGUAAUAUUUUUUCGAGAAAUAGCAUCAACAAUGCUUUGAUGGGUAUAGAGACGCCACGACUCAUCCAUAGGUUGAGAAAAGUCUUCUCUGGUAAUGUGGCGUCUAUUACCCAGCAAAAGAUGCAGGAGCCGUUGCAAAACAAGGAUUCCCUCGACUCCCCACCGCCUGCACCUCAGGCAACGCCAAAGCAGGAGAACACACUUACGAGGCGGACAGGUUGGAAGCUUACCUGGGAUGUGAGGAGGAGCAAGAUCACCGUUCAGGAGGGGCAGAGUGGUGAUAGAUGGACCGAGAAAAUUGGGGAGUUGCCACCGAAUGUACAAGAGAUCAUUGCAAGAGGUGGUCUGGAAAAAUGGGUACGGAACGAAAUCAAAAGCAGCGGGUGA